CCCAGCGCUCUAGGCUGGGGUCCUGCAGGCCACCCUGCGAGCGGCCCCUCUGUUACCCGGCUGGGUGAUGCUAAGCGGCGCUCUUAAUUCUAGGGCCCUUAGAGUACCGGGUGCAGGUAUUAACGGAAACUCGCAAGACUUGCGUGAAAACUCCGAGGGCGUGUUUCUAGGUGUCGGUGUAUCCCCUGUGGCGUUUGACGGCCUUUUGCAGGCGCCGCCUGUCCCGGCCGUCUCCGGCCGGUGGGGGCUGCCUCUGCUCCGUGCGAGCCUGAGUCCCUGGAAGGACUCGAGACCCGAGCCGUGCAGCUCGGGUUGCGUGCAGCUUGCCGUGAUGGGUCGCUGUGGCAGAAAAUGGGAUUAAAAGUUUACAUUUCUGAGUAAAAUCGGGGUUUUAUUUUAAAUGCCUUGUUUAAAAUAUAGUCUAGGACUGGGUGCUGGCUUGAAGGUUGUAAGGUGUGCAGGAAUCUAAGAUUAACAUCUGAGAGCAGGAUAAGUUCUGGUCCAGGUGUAUUGAUCAUGGUCACUGGUUCUGACUGCCAGGGAGACGACGAUAGGGUGUUCUUCUCGAGGGUCCUGAUAAAUUUGUAUGCAAAGUGUCUGCUUUGAAAGAGGUACACAAAAUUACUUAUUGGAUUUUGUGUGCAGUACAGUACAUAAAUAAUUUGAAGUUAGAACUUCCCUUUCUAAUUUCAUGCGAUCUUAAUUUCAAAGUCAUCACAUUUUGCAUUAUGUAAGAUCGCUAUGAAGGACAGCUUUCAUCUGACUUCAUCAGCGCACAUACAUUUUCUUUUGGCUCCCAAUUUUAUGUCACAAUGCAACAGGCUUUAGAAUUAGCUUUGGACCGUGCUGAGUAUGUCAUUGAAAGUGCCCGACAGAGACCUCCUAAAAGGAAAUACCUGUCAAGUGGAAGAAAAUCUGUAUUUCAAAAACUUUAUGACUUAUAUAUUGAGGAAUGUGAAAAAGAACCUGAGGUUAAGCAGAAAUUAAGAAGAAACGUGAACUUGUUAGAGAAGCUUGUUAUGCAGGAGACUUUGUCAUGUUUAGUGGUCAAUCUAUACCCAGGAAAUGAGGGAUAUUCUCUGAUGCUCAGGGGAAAAAAUGGAUCAGAUUCUGAAACCAUUCGACUGCCUUAUGAAGAAGGGGAAUUGCUUGAGUACUUAGAUGCAGAAGAAUUGCCUCCUAUUUUGGUUGAUCUCCUAGAAAAAUCUCAGGUUAAUAUUUUCCAUUGUGGAUGUGUCAUAGCUGAAAUACGUGACUACAGGCAGUCUAGUAAUAUGAAAUCACCAGGUUACCAAAGUAGGCACAUUCUCUUACGUCCAACCAUGCAGACUUUAAUCUGUGAUGUUCAUUCAAUAACAAGUGAUAACCAUAAAUGGACCCAGGAAGACAAACUUCUACUUGAGAGCCAACUGAUUCUAGCUACGGCUGAGCCACUGUGUCUUGAUCCUUCCAUAGCAGUGGCCUGCACAGCAAACAGACUGCUCUAUAACAGGCAAAAGAUGAAUACUCGCCCUAUGAAACGGUGUUUCAAGAGAUAUUCCAGAUCUUCUUUGAAUCGGCAGCAAGAUCUAUCUCACUGUCCACCUCCUCCUCAGCUGAAAUUACUUGAUUUCUUACAAAAACGAAAGGAAAGGAAAGCAGGUCAGCAUUAUGACCUCAAAAUUUCUAAAGCAGGAAAUUGUGUAGAUAUGUGGAAACGGAGUCCCUGUAAUUUGUCCAUACCUUCUGAAGUGGAUGUGGAGAAAUACGCUAAAGUGGAGAAGUCUAUCAAAUCUGAUGACUCCCAGCCAACAGUCUGGCCAGCACAUGAUGUAAAAGAUGAUUAUGUAUUUGAAUAUGAAGCUGGUAAUCAGUGUCAGAAAACAAAGCUUACCAUCCUACAGUCUCUUGGUGAUCCACUUUACUAUGGUAAAAUCCAACCAUGUAAAGGAGAUGAAGAAAGUGACAGCCAGGUGUCUCCAUCUCACUCCUCUACAGAUGAUCAUUCAAAUUGGUUCAUUAUUGGAUCAAAGACUGAUGCUGAGAGGGUAGUUAAUCAGUACCAGGAAUUGGUCCAGAAUGAAGCCAAAUGUCCAGUCAAGAUGUCACACAGCUCUAGUGGCUCUACCAGUCUAAACCAGCUUUCUCCUGGGAAAGAAACAGAAGCUGAGACCGUGUCAGUUCAGUCUUCUGUGCUGGGGAAGGGAGUAAAACAUCGACCUCCACCCAUCAAACUUCCUUCAGGCUCAGGAAAUAGUGCCUCAGGUAACUAUUUCACACCACAACAAGCCAGUAGCUUUCUUAAAUCUCCAACUCCUCCUCCGCCUUCUAAGCCACCAAAUCUUUCUCGGAAGUCAUCGGUGGAACUCAAUCAAGUUAGUAUGCUUUCUCCAGCUGCCCUGUCUCCUGCCAGCUCAUCACAAAGAUCUGGAACUCCUAAGCCAUCUACUCCUACACCAACCCCUUCAUCGACCCCACACCCUUCUGAUGCUCAGAGCUCAACUCCUAGUGCCCUUUCAGCCACCCCUACUCCCCAAGAUUCAGGCUUCACCCCUCAGCCCACUUUGUUAACUCAGUUUGCUCAGCAGCAAAUGUCUCUGAGCCAGGCAAUGCCUGUAACGACCAUUCCUCUUUCCACCAUGGUAACAUCUAUAACUACAGGAACCACAGCCACCCAGGUCAUGGCAAACUCUGCUGGAUUUAACUUCAUCAAUGUAGUGGGCUCUGUUUGUGGGACCCAGGCUUUGAUGACUGGUUCAAACCCCGUGCUGGGCUGUAACACUGGUGCCGUAACUCCUGCAGGAGUAAGCCUGGCUGGCCUUCUCCCCUCAGCGAGCCUGCUAUCAAGUUCAUUGCCCAGUACCAUGCGGGCAGCAUCACGAGCAGGUGUUCCGUUUGGUUUAAAAAAUACUUCAAGUCUCAGGCCUUUAAAUCUACUCCAGCUUCCCAGUGGCUCACUCGUCUUUAACACCCAGCAGCCGCCGCAGCAGCCGCCACAGCCCACAAGCUCCAGUCCUCAGCAGCCCGGGGAGCAGGGUUCUGAGCAAGGUUCAACUGCUCAAGAACAGGCCUUAUCUGCUCAUCAACCUGCUGUUAUUAACCUCCCUGGAGUAGGAGGUUUUAUGCAGUCACAGGCAGCUGUGUUGUCUCAGCUUGGCUCUGCCGAGAACAGCCCUGAGCAAAGCCUCCCUCAGCAGAGACUCCAGCUCUCCUCUGCCUUUCAGCAGCAGCAGCAGCAGCAGCAGAUCCAACAGUUGCGAUUCUUGCAGCAUCAAAUGGCUGUGGCGGCAGCAGCAGCACAAACAGCUCAGCUACAUCAUCGACAUUCAGGCCACCAGUCAAAAAGUAAAAUGAAGAGAGGCACGCCUACUACUCCCAAAUUCUGAGUUUUCUUUUUUAAAAUCUC